UAAAGAAAAAAAAAACAUUUUCACACACCCAUUGGACUCAAAUACCUCUCUCUCUCUCUCCAUCCUUUUAAUAAGAAAAAGAGACAGUUGUGGAAACCCAUUGAGAGAGCUGAAAAUCUCUCAAAGUUGAAGAUUUUUGACCAACACAAAAAAUGGUUCCAUCUUGUUUUAGCCAUUCCUCCAUCUCGUCGACACUGUCCAAUGAGCCACAUCCACCACAAUCCCUAAUUAGUUGCAUUUACCAAACCAAUCUCUUCAAUUCCCCCACUCUCCUCACCCUCACUUGGUCUCUCUCUCUCUCUUCUCACUCUCUCUCCCUCCAUUCCUCUCCCACUCUCUCCACCACAAUCUCUCUCUCCCCCUCCUCUUUCUCCCUUUUCUCUCCCACUUCCAAAUCCAUCUCCCUCCCCAACUCCCACAAGCUCAAGCUCCAUUGGGACUUCUCUAAAGCCAAGUACACUCCCAACUCAGCUCAACCCAUUUCUUCCUUCUACUUCGCCAUCUCUUACGAUGCCAAACUUCAAUUCUUCAUUGGCGAUCUCCUUGACGAUUUUGCCCGACGGGCUAAGACCGUCGCCCUGUCGGAUCCUUCCCUACGGGACCACUCCACGCUCUUGUCUCGUCGAGAUCACGUGUUUGAGCGACAAAAUUACUAUGUUUCCAGGGCCGACUUCUUGGGAUCACUACGAGAGAUUGCAGUCGAGCUGUGCAGUGGAGUCUUGAAAGUCUCCGUCGAUGGAGAGGUUAAACUUGCUGUGAAACGACUUGCAUGGAAGUUCAGAGGGAAUGAGAGGUUCUUCGUCAGCGGCAACGCCGUCGACUUUUUUUGGGACGUCUUCAAUUGGGUCAAAAGUGAAGGAGGCGGCGGCGGCGGACCGGGAGUUUUCGUUUUUCAAGUCGGAGAAGGCGGGGUUUGGCCAGAGGUCAUCGGAGCCGAGGGGAAGCUGAUGAAGCGGUGCUUGUCAUCGUCGGCGGCCGGAAUUGGAUCGACGCCGGAAGCGGCGUUUCCGGCGAUGUCGCCGGCGGGUUCGAGCUCGAGUGUGUUGCAGUGGGCGGAGGAGAGCAGCAGCGACGGCGGGAGGAGCUCGUGUUCGUCAUCGUCAAGGUCAAGCGGAAACAAUGGCGGAUUCUCUCUGUUGUUGUACGCUUGGAGGAAGAACUGAAAGUCGGAACUUUUUUUUAAGUGUGGAAAAAAAAUUGCAUUUUAAUUUUUUAAUUUUUCAAAUUUUGCUUCUGAAAUAUUUAUUUUCUUGAUUUGUAUUUUGUAAAUAUAUAGUUUUUUUUUUCAUUUUCUAGAUUAUC